AUGCAUACACUUGUUGAAAACAAGUUCCAUAAUCUCGGUGCGUGUAAGCUUGUUGGUACACCAAGUAAGUGGCGCCGUCAGUACCUUCGCGACUUGAAGAAGUGGUCUGUAUUUUUCCUCGAAAAUGCUUUGAACCAACAUUUGAAUCAGGAGGAGGAGGAGGUGGCGGAGGAGGAACAGGAGGAGAAGGAGGAGGUAGCGGAGAAGGAGGAGGUAGUGGAGUAG